AAGCAGUGCACCCGGAAAGGAAAGGGCGGAGUUUUCAGUUUGUUGUCUUUUUCCCAUUAAUGCCACUCAGUUACCACGAAGUUCAAGUAAAGUACCCCGUUUGUUCACUUGCAGGCCAAAGUGGUUUACUCUUGAUCAAAAGUGGACACAAAGACGAGAACACCCCGUUGAGAAGGUGAGAACACGGAGCCCGCCCACGCGGUGAUGCUUCCUACUAAAUCUGCGUCACGCCAGCCAAAUGACUUUACGAGCCUGAGUUGCAGUACGGGCAUAUAAGAAGUCGGAAGACAGCGACGCACGCACGGCCAGACACCUGCUUACAGACGGAGGAGUGAACGGAUCCUCCAUGCGAGAAAGAUGGCUCUGGAUACCAAGAGCAAGGAGCUGCUGUGGAGAACGCUGAGGCAGCUGGAGCAGGACGACUUCACAAACUUCCAGUUCCAUAUGCACCCCGGUGACGUCGACCGCAACGCAAACCACGUGGACAUCGCCGAACAGCUGGAGAAGAAGCACGGCAAAAACGCUGUGGAGGAGACCAUCAAGAUUCUGAAAACGAUCAACAACUACAAUCUGGCCCAGAAGCUGCGCAGCGACGUGGCGCAAAUCAAAGUGGACGACCUGGUCAGCGAAUUCAAGAUGGAGCUGCAAGACAACCUGCGGGUGGGCUACUUCAACGCUCCUGAGAGCAACACGGAGCUCAGCCAGCAGAAGCUUCUGGAGGACGUCUACACCGAGCUCUACAUUACCCGCGGCGUCGACGGUCUUCCCAACAAGCAGCAUGAGGUCCUUCAGAUGGAAAUGUGCGAUAAGGACAAGGAGUCCAUUGAAGAGUGCGACAUCUUCGGAAGCGAGAGGCCCAUCCGCACUAUGGUCACCGUGGGCUUCGCGGGCAUCGGGAAAAGCUUCCUGGUGCGCAAGUUUGUCCUGGACUGGGCCAGCGGGAGAACCAACAGAGACGUGCACUUCAUCUUUCCUUUCACCUUCCGCAAGUUGAACUUGGAGAAGGAGAAAAGCUUUUCGCUGGCAGAGCUCAUCCACCACUCCAUCUGGGAGAGCAAGGACAACAAGAUGCUGGACUACAUCUUUGCCAGGCUGCAGAACUCGGGAAAGUGCCACUACCAAUGCAGCGACAUCAAGAUUUUGUUUGUGCUGGACGGCCUGGACGAGUGCCGCCUCAACCUGGACCUGAGCGACAGGCGCAAGGUGGCCGUGGACGUGACCCAAGCCUACCCCGUGGAGGUGCUCCUGGCGCAUCUCAUCAAGCGUAACCUGCUUCCCGGCGCACGGGUUUGGAUCACCACGCGGCCCCAGGCGGCCAGCAACAUCCCACCGCACCUGGUGGACAGCAGAACCGAGGUGAAGGGCUUCAGUGACUCCCAGAGGGUGGACUACUUCAGGAAGAGGUUCCCUGACGAGCAAUACAUCAUCAAGCACAUCCAGAAAUCCCGCACCAUUUUCAUCAUGUGCCACAUGCCCAUCUUCUGCUGGCUCACCGCCACUGUUCUCCAAGAUUAUCGGGACACCGGAAAGGGGGGGGGGCUACCCAAAACCCUGACCGAGAUGUACACAGAGUUCCUGCUCUAUCACCUGGACAAGUCCAAGGAGCGAGAGAGCCAGAAGCACAUCGAGUACGUCAAAGCGAUGGCAAAGCUUGCUUUUCAGCACCUGAUUAAAAAUCAACAGAUCUUCACCGAGAGAGAGUUGCAGGAAAGCGGCUUGGAUUACCUGCCGGCCGCAAAAUACUCGGGAGUCUUCACCAAGGUCUUCAAGGAGGUACCCCCGCUCAAGAAAUACCAAGGCCGCACGAUGUUUCAGUUCAUCCACCUGACCAUCCAGGAAUAUCUGGCCGCUCUGUAUGUGAUGAUGAGCCUGUUCCAGGACAACAAGAACGUGCUGGGAAACCACUGGAUGCAUUUUAGAAAGACGCCGCUCACUCGGGUCCAUGAGGCGGCCAUCCACAAAGCCUCAGAGAGUGACGGAAACCUGGACAUGUUCCUCCGCUUCCUGUUGGGCCUCUCCUUGCAGUGCAACCAGGACCUUCUGGGUGAGCUGCUGAAGGCGCCAAAGAACUCCAGACACAGCAGCGCAGGAACGGUCCGCUUGAUCAAGCAACAGAUAGAGCAGAACUCUCCCGAGGAGAACAUCAAUUUGUUCUACUGCCUGAGCGAGCUGAAGGACGAGUCCCUGCUUGAGGAGAUCCAACAAUACCUAAGCUCGGGGUACUUGUCCACGGAGGACCUAUCUCCGGCCAUGUGGUCGGCCCUGGUCUUCGUCUUACGGGCUUCCAACGAAGCCAUGAGCUGCUUUGACCUGAAGCAUUACUGUGCAUCCGAGAGGGGGCUCCUGAUGCUGCUGCCGGUGGUCAAGGCUUCUCAAAAAUCAGUGGUCUCGGGCUACAAACUGAGCAGGAAAAGCUGUUUGAUGCUGGCCUCCGUUCUAAGCUCGCCCUGCAACCUGAGGCAUCUGGAUCUCAGCAACAACGACUUGUGUGACGACAAGCUGGAGGCGCUCGCCACUGGACUGGCAAAACCGCAGUGUACCCUGCAAGUCCUCGGGCUCAACAACUGCAACCUGAGCAAGAAAAGCUGUGAAGUGCUGGCCUCCAUUCUAAGCUCGUCCUGCAGCCUGAGGGAUCUGGAUCUUGGCGACAACAAAUUGUAUGACAACGGGCUCUAUGAGCUUACUUACGGACUGGCAAAGCCGCAGUGUACCUUGCAAGUCCUCAGGCUUUCGCACUGCAACCUGAGCAAGAAAGGCUGCCAGGGGCUGGCCUAUGUUCUAGGCUCACUCUGCAACCUGAGGGAACUGCAUCUCAGCGACAACGACUUGUACAACGAAGGGGUGGAGACGCUCGCCGUUGGACUGGGAAAGCCGCAGUGUACCUUGCAAGUCCUCAGGCUCGACGGCUGCAAACUGAGCAAGAAAAGCUGCGAGAUGCUGGCCUCCGUUCUAGGCUUGCCUCGCAACCUGAGGCAUCUGGAUCUCAGCUACAACGACUUAUACGACGAUGGGCUGAAGGCACUCGCUGCCGGACUGGCAAAGCCGCAGUGUACCUUGCAAGUCCUCGGGCUCUCGCGCUGCAACCUGAGCAAGAAAAGCUGCGAGGUGCUGGCCUCCGUUCUAAGAUCGCCCUGCAACCUUAGGGAUCUGGAUCUCAGCUAUAACCUCUUGUACAACGACGGGCUGGAGGCCCUCGCCGGCGGACUAGCAAAACCGCAGUGUACCUUGCAAGUCCUCGGGCUCAAGUCCUGCAUGAUCACCACACCAGGAUGCGUCUCACUGGCCAAGGCUCUCCGGUCCAACCCCUUCCACCUCCAAGAGCUAGACCUGAACAACAAUAAUUACGGAAAGAAAGGAAAGCAGGCCUUGGUGGAGGUCCAAAUGGAUCCUUGCUGCAGUCUGAAGACAGUCAGGUUUGCUGUGACGCCAUAUGUGCCUUACGCUAGAUGCCAGCCUUGGAUCAUUGGUGAAUGUUCUGGACAGAGGGAAAUGUUUUGCCUGACAAUGAAAAGAUAUGGUUAGAUUCUAACCAAUUAGUUUUUCAUGUCAUUUUCACUUUGUUUGGUCCUCUUCAAACAUACCAGGGUUAGAUUAUAACUAACUAAAGCACUUUUCUGGUCUGAAUACACCCUAAAAUAGAAAAUGUAUUUUCCCUCAUCUUUUUCCAUUUUUAUACAUUUAAAAAAAAAACACUAGGGCAGUGCUAAAGAGUGAAUGGAAUUUGAAAAGAAUAAACAAAUGCAUAAUAA